CGAUGUCGUACAUGCUCCCGCACUUGCACAACGGCUGGCAGGUAGAUCAGGCCAUCCUUUCGGAGGAAGAUCGAGUCGUCGUCAUUCGGUUUGGACACGAUUGGGACCCUACUUGCAUGAAAAUGGACGAGGUCCUAUACAGUAUAGCCGAAAAGGUUAAAAAUUUCGCAGUUAUUUAUCUUGUGGAUAUUACAGAAGUACCUGACUUCAACAAAAUGUAUGAGUUAUAUGAUCCAUGUACUGUGAUGUUUUUCUUCAGGAACAAGCACAUCAUGAUUGACUUGGGGACUGGCAACAACAACAAGAUUAACUGGGCCAUGGAGGACAAGCAGGAGAUGGUCGACAUCAUAGAGACUGUGUACCGUGGGGCUCGCAAAGGUCGCGGCCUGGUGGUGUCACCCAAGGACUACUCCACCAAAUACAGAUACUGAGGCGCAUUGUCAGCCUGUGGAUGAAUGUUGUGGAGCCAUUUUCAUGUGGCAAUAUUUUAAACUAUUUAAAGCCUUUGAAAAAGUGCGUGAAACUCAAGGGCUGAGGAUCUCUGAGAUAUUGAUCACAGGGCCUUAACUAGCUGAAAUAAACAUGUGGGGAGAGGAACAGUCAUAAUUGUUUGAUAUAUAGAUUACUGAUGUUGGUAGUCAGAGUUAAUCCUUAUCUUUACCCCUGGAGUGAAAUUAAGGUGUUUAUUCCUAUGAGGCCAUUGUGUUUGCCUACUUGAUUCAUUUGCUAGGGCUGCCAUAACAAGGAACCACAAACUGGGUGAUUUAACUACAGAAAUGUGUUCUCUCACAGUUCUGGAGGCUGGAAGUCUGCAAUCAAGGUGUGGGCAGGGCUGAAUCUCUCUGGCUGUGAGGGAGGAUCUGCUCCAGGUCUGUUCCCAGCUUUUUGUAGUUACUGGCAGUCUUUGGCUCCCCUUGACUUGCAGGUGCUUCAUCUUGAUCUCUGUUGCCUUCACAUGGUGGUCUCCCUGUGUGGGUGCCUGUCUCCAAAUUUCUUCUCGUAAGAACAUAAUGUUGGAUUAGGGCCCACCUUGUUCCAGCAUUACCUCAUCCUAAUUACUUCUGCAACAACUGUGUGUCCAAAAAGGUCUGAGGUACUGAAAGUUGGGGCUUAAAUAUAUAAAUUUUGGGAUGAUACAGUUCAACCCAUAACAGAAUCCAAAGGCUUAAUCUUAUCCUUGUUAUAAAAACAGCACAAUAAAUACUGUUUGGAGCCUUCCCUUUAAGGAGUAGAAGAACUAUUUCUUAUUCCUCCCAAGAUUGUAUCUGAUGUACUUAAAUAUAUUGCAUUUUCUGUAGAAACCAUGAUCCUUCCGUCCAUAUAGUUAAAAAGUUUCCUUAUUACAG